AUGCGCGUCCCCCUCCAGGAGAUCCUCAUCACGGUGAGCAGCACCACCUACUCCAACCCCGACACCCACCAACAACAAUCCCCCCUCCACGAGGUCACCCAUCAUGAAACCUCUGCGGCUCCCUUAGUCGAAAAAUGCGGCCCCACCACCGCCAAAAUCGUCUGCGUCCGCAACUACUCCGCCGUGCUCCCCGGCAACUUCUCCCGCGCCCCCCCUCCCGACUCCAUCAACCCGCUCGACCAAGCCUCCUACGCGCAAACCCACGUUCCCGACGACCCCUCCUGGUCCUUGCUCCGCGACGCAGAUUUCAUCGUCUACGACCGGGACCGGGGCCUCUCCAUCCUCGGCGAUGCGCCGACGUCGGAAUACAAAUUCGACAUUGAACCCCUGUUCCACGACGCGACGGUGUAUGACCCGUAUACCAACGAGGUUUGGUUCUCGGAGUUGUCGGGUGGGGAGAUUACCCAGAAGGUGAUUGACUUGGGGGAUGAGGGCAAGGGGGUGCAUAGGAAGAAGGCGGAUCCACCGUUGUAUUCGCCUGUCGGGGGGAUUUAUAGGAAUGGGUUGUUUUAUUUUUGUGUCGGGGGGUCGAGUGAUGAGGUGGAGGGUCCUGAUGGGACGGUGGCGAGGCCCGGGUUGUAUACGUUGAAUGCGACGAGUGGGGAGUCGAAGGUGUUGUUGAAUAAUUAUUUUGGGUAUUGGUUUAGUACUUGUAAUGAUUUGGCUAUGGAUGGGGAGGGGAAUAUUUGGUUUACUGAUGAUGACUACUCCUUCGGCAACGGUGUCUCCCCGCACCACCCCGUCCUCGCCCCAGCCAUCUACCGCUUCAACCCGCGCACCGGAUCCGUUCGCAUCGUGGACCAACACCUCAAGCAGCCCAACGGCAUCGCCUUCUCCCCGGACUUCAAGACGCUCUACGUGGCCGACUCAGGUGCCGAGACAGUCCCCGACCACGCGCCGGCCGUAGGCCAGGUCAUCUACAACCCGUACAAUGUCACUGAUCCCCAUGUGGUGUGGGCGUUUGAUGUGAUUCAUGGGGGUUUGGCGUUGGGGAAUGCGAGACCUUUUCAUUUGACGCAUAAGUGGCUCCCCGACGGCGUGCGCGUCGCCGACAACGGAUACGUCCUGAUCGGCGUGGGCGACGGCAUCGACGUGGUUGAUCCCGCGGGGGAUUUGGUCAUCAAGAUCCAGACCCCUUUUACGGCUGUUGGAAACACUUGGUCGGGCAAGGGCAGCAAGGAUUUGUGGAUUACGGGCGUCGGGGGUGUGCAGAAGGUCCAUCUGAAUUUGCCGGGGGGACGGGUCAAUGGCUGGCCGGCGCAUUUGUUGGAGGAUGAGGAGGAUUUAUAG